AUGAUAUACAGAGACGACGACGGAUCGAGGACGAUGCAGAGGCGCAGCCAACGACGGAUCGAGGACGAUGCAAGGGCGCAGACAACGACGGAUCGAGGACGAUGCGGAGGCACAGACGAGGACGAUGCGGAGGCACAGACGACGACGGACGACGAUAUAGAGAUUAUCAUUAGGCCCAAAUCUGUUUCUCCCAGCGUCUAUAGUCUCUCCACCCCCACCCCUCGACUCUUCCACUUCACCUUCUCGCCGCCGCCACCGUCAUCAGACGCCAUCGAUCCAGCGCCUCUGCUUCUGAGCGGCGACGAGAACGAGGGAAGCAACAGCAAUGGAGGAGGAGAACAACAGAGAUCAUCAUCCGUGAGGAGACCAGGGCUGAGGGAAGCCGCGAGGCUGCUGAGCCGAGCGAGCAGCGGCGGAGGGCGCGCGAUGCGGGAGCCGUCUAUGGUCGUGAGGGAGGCCGCGGCGGAGCAGCUCGAGGAGAGGCAGAGCGAUUGGGCCUACUCGAAGCCCAUCGUGGUGCUGGACAUCGUGUGGAACUUGGCGUUUGUCUCGGUGGCUGGGGUUAUUCUGGUGAUGGCGAGGAAUGAGCAUCCGAUCAUGCCGCUUAGGGUUUGGCUCUUGGGGUAUGCGUUGCAGUGUGUGUUGCAUAUGGUUUGUGUGUUGGUUGAGUAUAGGAGGAGGAAUAGGGUGAGGAAUAAUAGGACUCCGAGAUCACGUUCUUCUUCUUCGUCUUCCUCGACGGAUGAAGAUGCUUUGGGUUCAAGGAGGAAUUCACAUGAGGAGACAACGAUUCUGAUAUUUGGAGGUUCCAGUUAA